GGCGCACGGCUCAUCUUCGACCGCGACUCGGUGCCGCCUGGCGACAGAGCCAAGCUGCGCAUCCCGCCCACCACCUACCAGGCGUUUUACCGCCCCCACGACCCGUGCCCGCGGUCCCGCGCGCCCUGCUGCCACCUCGGGGGUCUCAGCCCCCUCAGGUGGGACCACAGGAGACAGGAUAAUGGGACCUCCUACCAGAGACACUUCCAGGCCCUGCCGAGCCCACCGGCCUUGAUGUGUAAGAGGGCCUUCUCCAGCGUGGAACUGGGAGACUUCAAGAUUGGCUAUGGGCCCAUGUGUUCGGAGCAGAAGCAAGCCUUCAGGCCCCAGGGUCUGCCCCCAGACAGGUAUGACAAGGCCCAGGCCGCAGCCCACAUCCACUAUGUGAAUAUUCGUCCUGGAGAUGGCCUGUUCCAUGAUAGGACCACCAAAGCUGAUCAUUUCUAUGCCCGAGAGCCCGAGCCUUUUGUCCUUCACCAUGACCAGACUCCAGCAUCGCACAUCCUGGAAGGAAAUUGGUGCCCUGGUCCAGGCAGCCUCACCACCUCCAUGCAUUUCUUCCAUGGUCAGCCGCCGCCCGUGACCGAACCACCCAGCCGCCACGUGCCUUACGAGAAAUUGAAGAGUCACGUGCGCCUAGGGGACUCCUCGCUGCUCGAACCGUUCCUCCAGACCCCCACGGGCACGGACUAUUGCCCCCGUGGGACGCCAGAGAAGCCGCAGAAAGCGCCCAGUCUCCACUUGCUGCGUAGCAACCUGCCACGAGGCACCGACGAAACAGAUUUUUUAACCAUGAACCAGAAGAUGCUGAAGCCUCAUAGAACAGCUCCGGCCUCCGUGACUGAGGACAUGCUACAGCGGGACCCAAGCUUCCCACGGGAGGAGGAGCCCAAGAUGGAGAGAGGGGCAGAGCCCUGGAGCUGGGUACUGGAGACCUCUAGUGCCGGGUCCCAUGACUUCCAUCCAGAUCCUGCCCCAGAAGCAGCCAGCACUUCCACACCAGGGAUGCGGCGCUCGGUCCUGGUCAGGAACCCAGGCCACAAAGGCCCGAGGCCCACUUAUGAAGAGCUUGACUCCGACUCAGAGGACCUGGACCCCAACCCUGAAGAGCUGGACCCAGUUUGUGAAGACCCAGAGCCUGACCCAGAAGACCUCAACACUGUCUCUGAGGAUGUGGACCCCAGCUAUGAAGAUCUGGAGCCCGUCUCUGAGGAUCUGGGCCCCGACGCCGAAGCUCCGAGCUCCAUCUCAGCCACCCGAGACUCGGAUCCCCAAGAUCUCGACCCCAUGUCCUCAAGUUUCGACCUCGAUCCAGACGUCAUUGGCCCUGUCCCCCUGGUUCUUGACCCUAACAACGACACCCUCAGCCCCACCGAGUCCCCAGACCUGGACCCCCUCUCAUCCAGCCUCACUGCCACUCCCGAGGUCCUGGCCCCCAGUCCCGCGGUGCUCCCUGCACCUGCCAGCCCUCCCCGGCCCUUCUCCUGCCCCGACUGCGGGCGAGCCUUCCGCCGCAGCUCGGGGCUGAGCCAGCACCGCCGCACCCACAGCGGCGAGAAGCCGUACCGCUGCCCCGACUGCGGCAAGUCGUUCAGCCACGGCGCCACGCUGGCCCAGCACCGCGGCAUCCACACGGGCGCGCGGCCCUACCAGUGUGCCGCCUGCGGCAAAGCCUUCGGCUGGCGCUCCACGCUGCUGAAGCACCGCAGCAGCCACAGCGGCGAGAAGCCGCACCACUGCCCGGUGUGCGGCAAGGCCUUCGGGCACGGCUCGCUGCUGGCGCAGCACCUGCGCACGCACGGCGGCCCGCGGCCGCACAAGUGCCCCGUGUGCGCCAAGGGCUUCGGGCAGGGCUCGGCGCUGCUGAAGCACCUGCGCACGCACACCGGCGAGCGGCCGUACCCGUGCCCGCAGUGUGGCAAGGCCUUCGGCCAGAGCUCGGCGCUGCUGCAGCACCAGCGCACGCACACGGCCGAGCGCCCGUACCGCUGUCCGCACUGCGGGAAGGCCUUCGGCCAGAGCUCCAACUUGCAGCACCACCUGCGCAUCCACACGGGCGAGCGGCCCUACGCCUGUCCCCACUGCUCCAAGGCCUUCGGCCAGAGCUCCGCGCUGCUGCAGCACCUGCACGUGCAUUCCGGAGAGCGCCCCUACCGCUGCCAGCUCUGCGGCAAGGCCUUUGGCCAAGCCUCCAGCCUCACCAAGCACAAGCGGGUGCAUGAGGGCGCGGCUGCGGCCGCCGCCGCCGCGGCCGCUGCCGCCGCCGCCGCCGCGGGCCUCGGCCUCAGUCCUGCCUCCAUGUUGAGGCCAGGGCAGGUCUCCCUCCUGGGUCCUGAUGCUGUCUCUGUUCUCGGCUCUGGCCUGGGCCUCAGCCCUGGCCCCAGCUCUGGCCUGGGCUCUGACCCUGGCUCCGUGGUGGGCUCCUUCCCUAAUCCCAGCCCCAAAGCUGUCUCUGGCUCUGAAUCUACCCCCACCCCUGAUUCUGUCAAAUCUGACCCUAAGCCUGGUCCCGACGCCAAUCCUGACGUCGUGGCCAGCCCUGAGCAAGGAUCCGGUCCCAGCCCUGACCAGGAUCCCGUGCCCAGCCCCGACCCCAACCCUGAGUCUCACCCUGACCCCUGCUCUCCCACCCAUGAUACUGUCAGUCCGGCCAUCCCUACUGGCGAGAGUCCUGAGUGGGUGCAGGAGCAAGGGGCACUGCUGGGGCCCGAUGGCUGAAGUGGACGCCAACACUCAUGGGGGGCCUGGGGAAGUUGUGUGUCAUGCAGUUUAGUAAAAUCCUCCCACUGCCUCCUG